CCCCGUGUUGGAACGUUUCGAAUGACGGUCUCGAGCGAGUGCACCUUCUUUGAUCGAUCUGGCGGCCUUCUCCCGUCGCCGCAACCGUGCUGUUUAGCUUUCGCUUCGCCAGUUCUGACCCAGUGCGGCCGACACGAGAGAUGAGUGGCGCUGAAGAACAUACUUGAAAACCCCCGACGCACUCCCGUUCAUUGAGUGGACGUUUGCUUUUUCUCCUUGCUCACCGAUUGUGACCUUUGCAACCCAUGCCAUAGCGCAUUCCGAACGACCCCGCCCCAGUGCAUUAUGGACACCGCAGGCACACAGGAAUGGCCGGACGAACGAUUGAAGGUCCUUAUCCCGGUGUGGACCUUAACGCUGAUUAGUACCGCAUUCUUGGUAUGGAGAGUCGUGUACGGACUGCGAUCGCGCAAGUUCAUCAUCUGUGAUUACCUGUUGAUCAUUGCCACUGGUCUCAACAUCGCAGCGACGUCGCUCAAUCAAGUAGUCGUGAACAAUGGUCUUGGACGCCAUAUCAUGGACCCUACGGUCUUCCCGAAUCUCAGAACCUACAGUUACUAUCUAUGGAUCACACAGAUCGUUAACAUCAUUGCCGUUGCGUUUCUGAAGUGGUCCAUCUGCGCCUGGCUGCUCGUGCUGAACUUCUCCACGCUGUACCGAGUCAUUAUCUGGCUUUCAAUCUUGAUGGUUACUGCCUUUAACUUCCUUGCACCAGUUCUGACAUUGUUCGGAUGUACACCCCUGGAGCGAAAUUGGAACUUUGGAUACACUGGAGAAAGCCAUUGCUGGGCGAAAGGCACACUCGCGCUAUCCUACUUUCAGGGUAUCAGCAACAUCAUCACAGAUGUAGUCUACAUGGCUGCACCUCUCAUCUAUCUUUCGCGCGUCCAGUUGAGCAAGCGAACUCAAUGGGGUAUUCGCAUUGUCUUCUUGCUCAGUAUUCCUGCAACGAUAUGCUCAAUCUUCAAAACCAUCGAACUCAAGUCGAUCACUAAAACGCAAGACCCGACAUGGGACGGUGUCUCUCUCACUAUCUGGUCCAGUUCUGAACUCUCAAUCGGUAUCCUCAUCGCAUCGCUUCCACCGCUCCGCAAAGCAUUCGAUCACAUCUUCAAAAGGAUCCUACCCUCGACCAUCACUGGUUCAGGAAAGACACCACAAUACGGCUACGGUCGCUCCACCGGCCAAGGCGCAAACAGCAUUCAUAUGAAGAACUUCCAAGGGAGCAAAGCCUACCACUCCCGAUUACCCGGCGAAAGUAUCCUAGACGGCGACGACGAGAGCGAUCGAGCCAUCUUGCCCGACGACGAGCACAAGGGCCCUGGGAUCAUGAAGAGUACCAAUGUCCAAGUCACCGUCUCGGAAGAUGUGGAAGAGGCAGGGAGUAGUUCAAAUUCCAAAGGCGGCGAGAGCCCCAAGAUGUAUAAACCAGAGAUUGACUGGGCGAGUCCACACUUGGAAAGUGGCGAUGGUCCGCAUCACCAGGCUCGGUAAUGACGAUUUUUUAACGGUCGAAAAAGGAAGAUUCCAUUUGUGUAUAUAUAUAGUUUAGGUCUAUGUUGGGCGGUGGCUGGACUGCCUCCAUGGUUGGAUACCCACGUUUUCAUGUACAUGAUACAAUAUCAUCAUGUCUCGAGCG